AUGUUCGGCGCCCGUCUCGUCGCCCUUGCCGCUGUUUGGCUGCUCCCUGCCGGUGCACCCCCGGCCCCGGAGGACGAGUGCACACUCGAGCUGCAAAGUAACCUCACAGAGGAAGUUUCCGGCAGCUGCAAGCCCGCUUGGGCGACUUCCCAAAAGCUGGCAGACUGUUUUCAGACAUGCUCGCAGGCGGCGUUGCUUGUGGAGCCCUUCUCAGCGCAGGGAAAAUCAGCACAGGCCAGCCCCGAAUCGGCAUCUCAACUGGGCGGCUGUGCUUGCCCGUCGAUGAAAAUCGACUGCAGCAAAGGGACCCAUGAGUUUCCAAAUGCCUGCAGCACUUCCAAGACGCUCCUCCAUGAUCCUGACAAGCCCGAUGAGGAGCCUGCUGGUAGCUAUUUCGUCGCGUUCUACGCGUUCAGCAAGAAGGGCACGGAUCAGACCGAGACGGUAGUGGAAACAAGGCUGGUGACCACACUUCAAGACACCAACUCAACCGUCUGCUCGGGAACCUACAAGGUAACCAAGGGGCGCUGUUUCGGCAUCGACGUCACCAAACCUGAGCACAUUCCUGCAGAGGCUCCACCACCUCCGCCAGAGCGAGACGGCAUGCCUGGGCCUUUUCCCACACUGGACGACGAAGGCAAGACCAUCGAGGCAACCACCACCACGACCACGACGGCUCCAUCACCUUCCAAGGGCAACCACGGCCAUGUUGGAUGGAUCGUCGCUGCGGCCGAUGG